UAAAAAAAACCACACACACAUCAAGCAUGGCUGAAGCUGUCAACGAUAAGACCGUUACUGAUUCACUUACGUGUCCUAUAUGUCUAGAAAGAUUUACCAAAGCUAAGUAUUUGUCGUGUUUACACACGUUUUGUGAAUCUUGCAUUCAGACCUACAUCUCAAGUACGGUGACUCGAGAUAGUGAAAAAAAUAUAAACUUCAUAGUAUGCCCCGUGUGCAGAAAAACUGUCAAUGAACCAGAAAAUGAUAUUUCCAGCGAGAAAUGGGCCAAAUGUCUUCCAGUGAACAAACUAAUUCAAACAAUGAACAUACGUUCUGAUAAUUCAGGUAAAAAUUGUAUGUUUUGUGAACGAGAUAGUAAAAAGAUUGCAGCCAUGUAUUGGUGUAAAACUUGUGUAGAGGCAAUCUGUGAUUGUUGCAGGCAUACUCAUAAUCUAAUUCCAAUCCUUUCAAACCACAAAAUUAUUAAGUUGUCAGAAGCAAGUCAGGGAAAUGAGCCUAUUGAUGUUGAUGAGCCAUGUAAGCAUCACAAAGGGAAACUGCUCGAGGUAUUUUGUGAAGACCAUUCAGAAUUGUGUUGUAGCGUAUGUUUUGCAACAGAGCACCGUAGGUGUACCAGUGUCAUAUCAAUUGAAGAGGCUUCAUCUCAGCUGAUUGAUAAAGAAGAACUCGAAAAGAAAAAUAAAGAACUCGGUGAAGUUUUGGAAACCAUUGAUAGCGCUGUUUUGAUCAACAACCAAAAUAUUCUUUCCUUGAAUGAGAAGAAAGAUUCGAUAAUGUCCAUCAUGGCAAAUGAGGUAGAAAAAGUGAAAGCUUUGAUUGAAAAAGCCCAUACAGAGUGGGUAAAGCAGUUUGAGCAAGCCCACAAAGAAAAUACAGAUAGAACUGAAAUGUCAUCAGACGAACUGAAACGUUUUGGUACAACAGUACGAGAUGCAAAAGCACUCCUUUCUUCAGUUGUGGAUAAAGGCUCAGCAAAACAAAUGUUUAUGUCAGAGCAUGUGUUGCAAGCCCAAAUUACUACUCACUUUCAUUGGUUGAGAUCCUUGGACAUAUGGGGAUCUUCAGACACCUACACUCAGAAAAGUUUUGAUGUGCUUGGACAAUUAAAAGAGGAUGGGAAGUUGCCAAAUAUUGAUAUACUUUUUAAUUCAAGGAGACCAUUUGACAACUUGUCUGAGAUUCUCAAUAACUUCGUUUGGGAUAAAAGUAUUCCAUGUCCCAAGGGUUACUUGAAGGGAAAAGAUUUGAUGAACGUUGACUUCGAGAAAUUGUCAGUUUUUAGAGUGCCCUACCAAGUAUACUUUGGAUUAUUUUUAAAUGAAGCAAAGAUUCUUUUUUCUAUCGAAUCAAAAUCUUCACUAGAUGUCUAUGACACACUUUGUUCACCGUGGAAGUGUAUUCAUUCAGAAAAGUGUAAUAGAGAGCCUUAUGGCCUCACCUAUGGAAACAAAAUGGAUGAAGUUUUUGUCGCUUUCGGCACUUGCGUGAUGAAGUUUCAAAUAUCAAAUGACGGCACAAGAUUCGACAAAUUGAUGACAAUAGAGUUGACCCAAAACAUUGAAGACUUUGUUUAUGGUUCAACAGUGGUUUUUUCAGCAAACUCUUCGAUGCGAUGUAUUUUAUCACAUGAUUUCAGUGUGCGCAGCGUGACAUCUUACCAACGGACAGGAGACAGGGCAUUUCUUUCAUCUUCAUUAGCACCUGGGAAAUUUUUAUACGCGAGAAAUACGAACGUUUGUGUAAUUGACUUGGAAGGGAAGGAAGUAUUUCAAUUUAAGUUAACACCACCAGAAAAGGCGCGGGGAAUGGCGAUGGACUCACAAAAUAAUAUUUUUGUAUGUAAAUUUCAAAAAAAUGUUGAACAAAUCAAAUAUGAUGGAACAAGCCGUAGGCAAGUAAAUCUCAGCAUUGAUGGAGAAUCUGCGUAUAACAUUGUAUUUCAUCCUGCUGGACAUAAAUUUCUGCUGAUUUGUUAUAGGAAAAAUGUCGGUGUUUUUCAAAUACCCAAAUGAUUAAAAUACA